AUGGGGCAAGCGGCCGCUACGAAUGCAGCUGCAAAUGGAUUUGUCUACAAAGCAAGCACUGCGUACCCCUUCCUCCCUGCUCUGUUCGUCUUUGGCGAUUCGCUGGUGGAUACUGGCAACAUCGUUCUCCUUGAUCCUCGGUCGUCCGCCAAGGGGUAUCCAAAUGGAGUGACCCCCGGAGGGCGGCUCAACGUUACUGGGCGCCCUUGUAACGGCCCCAACACCGUCGAUUACCUUGCAGAGUUCCUGGGCCUUCCGUUUGGAGAUCCUAUUUUGCUGCCAGGUGGCAACUUUUUCUACGGAGCCAACUUCGCCUCUGCCGGCAGCGGCGCGCUCAACUCCACCGGGGACCCUAAGACUGCGAUACCCCUUUACAACCAGACCCAGCUCUUCGCAAAGCUCGUCCAAGACUCCGCGGCCUACUGGUCUAGCGCAGCGGCCGCCGCUGACGUCACGCCCCGCUUCCCCCGCCCCGACGCCUUCGCAUCGGCGCUCUACGUGUUUGCGACGGGAGGAAACGAUCUCAAAGACGCCGUCAGGGCUUUGACGGACCCCGCCGGCUUCGCUCAAGCGGUGCUGACGUCCAUAGGCACCGCAGUCACGGAGACAUACGCUCUUGGCGCCCGCAGCUUUCUCCUCUCAAAUGUGCCCCCCAUUGACUGCGCCCCCGCCGUGCGAAACCUGAGCGCGGACGGCGCCUGUUUCGCGCCGCUCGCGGCCGCGGUCCAAACCCUGAGCGCGGGGUUUGACCCGCUGGUGCAGCAACUAGGGGCGGCGCUUCCCAACGCGACUUUCCUGUUGGCCGACUUGUACAACUUCACCAGGGACGCCAUAGGGUAUCCCGCCGCUUUUGGUCUUACCGUGGCGGACCGCGCGUGCUGCGGCGGGGGCGGGCCGGCAAACGUGGUCACCCCGUGCGGCUCACCCGGGUUUACGGUCUGUGACGACCCCAACCAGUCUCUCUUUUGGGACGGUUUGCACGGGACCACGGCUUUCUACCGCUUGGUGGCUCGGGAGAUCUUCGCCGGGAGUACGUACGUUCGGCCUCAUAAUCUGCUCGAUGCGUUCGUAAGGACGAAACUGCUCGGAGGCUGA